AAUGAGAAGCUCGCGGUAGACUGUUGCUGAAUGAAAAUAACAGAGGCCAUUUUGCGAACGAAGCCAAGACAUCAUUCACUAAUAACGAAAAACGGAAACGGAGGCAGAGCCGGUCCAUUUCUGGACUGACGCCGCUUCUCUUCUCCAGAGUCGCUAGGGUCGGGACUGCGGCGCGGCUCGCGCAUGUAGUCGAGAAAGAAAGGCAGGCGGUAACUUAAUUGUGCCGCCUUCUCCUUGGAGUGUCUUAAGGAGAGGGGACAGGUUAUUUUCACCGCAUUGCUGCCCGAGGCCCAGUGACCCCCCGGGAGAGAGGGAGUAGCCUUCAGUAAGGGUUGGCACAACAUCCAUGCGCGUUGAAAACAGGUGUACGGUUUCAUCACACAGUAGCUCCCGAAGCCGCCGUAGCUUCACGGUGUGUGUCACUUCUGCGCCUGUCCGAGGACUUCACUCGUUUUAUAUGGAAAAGGCUGAUUAUUAGACAUGUUUCGGGAAUUUGUCCGGUGAGGUGGCACCUUGUUAAGGCAUUGAACGGGGAUCUUGGGACUAAAGCUUGACCGGGAGGAGAUACUUGUCCUGAGCAGAGGAGAGAAAGUGGAAGGCACGGGGGGACUUUAACUCACAACGCCAUACGUGACUCUUCUUAGCACUUCUCCAGUCUUUUGGUUUUAUGACGGAAAGUGUGUGCCCCUGCUGUCGAUCAGUAAGAAGUGCUCUUCAAUAUGAAUACAGAUAGCGGAGGAUAUGCUCGCAAAAGUGUGGCCUUGUCACUCAUGCUCUCUCCCAUGAAGAGGGUCCAGAGCUCACCAAAUCUAGCCACAGGGAGUGAUUCUCACUCAUCGGACUUGGAUUCUUGGCGGUCACACAGCGCAACAGACGGCCUUAAAAACGGAGAUGCUAGCAGCUCAUCGCUUGCUGCCAAAGGCUUUCGCAGCGUCAGACCCAAUCUGCAGGACAAAAAGUCCCCCUCACAGGAUGUCAGUCCAUUGCCAUUGCCACCCCCCAGGAAAGAGAGUUUUCACUUCUCGCCUGCAGGCACUAAUCCUCAAAACUACAGUUCCCUUAUUGGCCUGGCUAAUGAUUUGAGUCCUGGAAUGCUAACAAUCACUAAAAAUGAGCAAGCAGUCUUGAAAGAGUCCUACACUGUAAGAAGCACAUCAUCCUACUCAUACUCAGAAACCAGUGCAAACACAGUCCAGCAGCUGAAUGAGUCUGUUGUCUCGAAUGACACAAGCAAUGCUAAUACAAAAGAGCGUAAGGUGUCUUCCCUUACACUGACCCCUGUCACCAUCCCUGACCCUCCUGCACACCUCAAUUCUUGUGUUGAUCCCCAACCUAAGACCCAAACGACAGGGUCCCCUCCACCCACUUCCUCACCUCCACAAAGAAGUCCCGUCCCAUCCCAACCCGUGACACAGACAGCUUCGAUUUCUGUCCACUUGGACAAAGAGAAUAAAAAAAAUCCUGCUUCAUCUAAGACAAACUCCAAAGUGGAACUCAAGGUCUCAGAUCAAACCCCAGCUCCAGAUCCAUCCCAGGUGGAGAUGACGAAGCCUCCUCCUGCAAUUCCACCAAGACCCUCUCCUGCAAAACUGUUGGGGCCUCCCUCGCCUGACCCCACAGCACGGCACUCCCCCUAUCGCUACCACAGCUCAGAGUCACUUGACUACCUGUCAGGUCUAAUGCCCAAGGCGCUAUCACCCACUCCGUAUGUCCCAAGUGGAGCUGGUGGCACAGCUGGUGCGGCCAGCGGGCCAAGCCACGGCGCAGUCAGCAGCGUGAGCUGUGCCUCGCCCUCGGCUUCCCCCGUUACCGUGUCAGCUCUCAGCCACUACUCGACAUCCACGGUCGGUCUGCUGGACGAGCUGCAGAUCUGUAGCCUGGACUCACCUGUCGCCUCACCCACGCCAUCGCCCACUCUGAGCCAUGUCUCUACCUACACGCCCACUGCUGGCCGUGAUGAUGUGCUAACAACCUCUGUGGCCUCCACUGCUGCAGCAGCCACUUUCACUAAUGGCCAGGUUCUUUCUCACGCAAUGAAUGGAAGUACUAGCCAUCCACAUAGGCCGCUGUCUCCCCCAUCUUAUCCUCCACCCCCUGUCUCAUUCCACACGGGGCUUCAGAGACAGAGCAGGAGUUCAGAGGGCAGUGAAAUAGUCACCAGAGAGUCUGUGGUGUCGGGGCACACCAGCAUCAGCAGCACUGUGCCCAUUGCCCGUUUCUCAGAAGAAGAAAAGAAGGUGUCUGUCAUCAAAGCCCCCCAUUACGAAGGCAUCGGCCCGGUUGAUGAGUCAGGCAUUCCUAUUGCCAUCCGCACGACGGUGGAUAGGCCCAAAGACUGGUACAAAACUAUGUUCAAACAGAUUCACAAAGUUCACAAAGCAGAUGACGACUAUUCCGACACAUACAAUGCUUCAUAUGCUCUCGUAAACAAUGAUAACUACAGCCUGUCAUCCAGCGCCACCAUGGCCCACCCUCCCCCUCGGACACAUACGUACAGGCCUCUGUCCAAGAGCCCCUCAGAUAACAAUGAAGGGCAUCUUGGACCUCGGGAGCCUUCACCAUCCCCUGUACCCCCACCACCUCCACCCAUGCCAUCCCUUCUCCAACUGAGGGCGAGAGACAGUGAUCGGGAGAGGGACUUGACAGACGCCAAUGAGUGGGGUCCUCCAGACCGAAAAGUGGACACGCGAAAGUACCGCGCAGAACCCAAGAGUAUUUUCGAGUACGAGCCUGGGAAGUCCUCUAUCCUGGAGCAUGAAAGACCAACCUAUGAUGACAUAGAUUUAGAGAACGAGCCUUGGUAUAAGUUCUUUUCCGAGCUGGAGUUUGGGCGGCCGCCUCCUAAAAAACGGCUGGAUUAUAAUCCAGACAUCUCCGCUCGCCAGCGCAUUGAGACAUCCCUCCACAUCACUCCUGCUGACAAGGCUCCAGAGAGACCUGCAAGUGCUGCCAGUGACUACAGGAAGAGAAGGAAGUCUGAGCCGUCAAGCUCCCAAGUGAAUGCUCCAUCUCAGAGCCGAGCUGCAACUUCCCCUAAACCAGUGGAUGCCUACAGACCCAGCAGCAGCCUAAAGAAACCUGUCAUUCGUUCCUCACCAUCCUCACCCUCCAGAGCCAAAGACCAGGACAUCUCCAGGAGUUCCACCCUGGAUGGACGCCACACACCCCAGAACAGAAGACCCACUCCUGACAGAGAGGUCUCCCAUAAACAGAUGACACAACUUAUUCUGUUCUCUCUCCUCCAUCAGAAACAGCCCGCGAGAGCCAUUUAUGAUUUUAAGGCACAAACAAGCAAGGAGCUGACAUUUAAAAAGGGUGAUGCAGUGAACAUCAUCAGGCAGAUAGAUAACAACUGGUAUGAAGGAGAGCACCGUGGGCGAAUGGGAAUAUUCCCUAUAGCAUAUGUAGAGAAGAUGCCGUCUUCAGAGAAGCAGCAGCCGAUCCGUCCUCCUCCUCCAGCACAUGUCAGAGAGAUUGGAGAGGCAGUGGCCCGCUACAACUUUAACGCUGAUACUAAUGUGGAGCUGUCACUGAGAAAGGGUGAGAGAGUGAUUGUGAUAAGGCAGGUGGAUCAGAAUUGGUAUGAGGGGAAGAUCCCAGACACAACCAAACAGGGGAUCUUUCCUGUGUCCUACGUUGACCUUGUCAAGCGAUCUCCAUCCAAAAGCUCCGCCCAUCACAUAGAUCCGCAUGGUUACCCCAGCAACAGGACACCAAGCUCCACACCCGUCAAGCGGUCUGUACAGGAUGCACUCCACGGUGGAGGAGACCCGUACCAGGCGCUGUACAACUACAUGCCUCGCAACGAGGAUGAGCUGGAGCUGCGGGAGGGAGACAUCGUUGAUGUGAUGGAGAAAUGCGAUGAUGGCUGGUUUGUUGGGACCUCUCGAAGGAGCAAGUUGUUUGGAACCUUCCCAGGAAACUACGUGAAGCAGCUAUAAUGAUUCCAAACUCCCACUGACCCCGCCCCUUUCUAUGACCCGUUCAUCGCCCUCCUCAGCACAGCACCCGCAGGACAUCAACAAAGACCUGCAGCACACGUUUGUGUUUGCGUGUAUGUGUGUGGCUUGUCAGCUUCACACAGACAAAAUACUUAGCUCUAACUAGCCAUCUUUAAUGGAAGACUUCUAUAAAGUAAUAACGCAUUUUUUAAACUUAUCUUUUUACCCUUAUUUUUCUAUUAUGGAGAACCGAAGAUUUGUGCUGCACCCAGUGACCUUUGACUUUUGACAAUAACGGAAGUAUAUCUGCAGUGAUGCUUUCCUUUCUGUUUCAGUUGUUUAAGGACAUUAAGAUCACCAAGAAUACCUUUUUUUCUGCAGUAGCUCAAAAUUUAAAUCACUUAUAGUUAACUUCAGUGUUUAUUUACAGAUAUCUCCACAAAGAUUUAGUGCAGAGAGUGUUAAAGGAAAGCAGUAUUGUGUCAGGAGGCCAGAUGUGUUUUGGCAAAUUAGGAGCCAACGUGUUGCCAGGUAAAAGGACGGUUCAGCAAAGGGUUUUUGUUUUAUUUUGGGGGAUAUUAUUUAAUAAAAUGAACAAUAAGUUUCAAUACUGGAGACGUGAAGAAAAACACAAUCACAGACUUAGCUCGAGAUUAGAAAACACAUUGUUGCUGUUCAGUUAUUUUCACGUUAGAAUUGAAGCACUUUUACUGAACUUGAUCACAAACAAUCUCUUUGGUUUAUUUUUUUAACCUCACUUCAGAUUUUACACAGCAGAGGUCAUUUUGACUGCGCCUGGCUUCGGGGGAGAGGAGUGUGUUGAAAGUGUAUGCAGAAAGGUUACUGACCUUUUUUAGGUAUUAUAUUUAUUAGAAGACGAAGGCUGGUCUCACUGUGUUAUACGAUGAUUUUUAGAAAGAACGGAGCACCACAUUGCUUUUUUUUUUUUUAAGCAUAUUUUAACAGUACCUAACUUACAUUUGAAUGAUUGUUAUUUUAUUGUCAUCAUUAAUCAAUGUCCAGGUUCUGAGUGAUUACAGAAAAACAAAAACACGAUGGUUAAUGGGCUAAAAAGAACUUACGGGCAUCCUGUUGUUUUAUGAUGAAUUUAUUUAAGUCAGAUACAGGAUGGGAAUUUUGAAAAUCACAGAACUGCUGUUGGAUCUUUUAUAGCUGUUGUCAGAGUGAGUGGGUAGUGUGUCAUUACCCAUGUGUGUACUGUUGUGAAAUGAUUGGCAAUUUCCAUCUUAGCGUGUCGUUCUCAGUAACUGAUCUCUGUUUUGUUUUUUCUUCACAAAGGAUGGACACUGACAACAAAACGAUGUAAAAGCACCUUAAAAUAUUUUAUCAUUCACUGUCCUUCACGUCACUCUCUGUCAUUCACCAUUUCAGCCGGCGUGAGUUCACCGUGUGCGAGUGUGAGCGUGUCGUGUUUUUGUAAGCCUUUUUUGUUUUUGUAUGUGAGCUGUAAAAUGGCCAACAUCCACUUGCUUUAUAAAGUCGGCUUUUUCUCAUCCACCAUCACGUUUGGUUUCCUCUCUUUCUUUCCAUUUCGCAUCAUCAGUGGUGCUAACCCGCAUUCUUCUGAGAACGUCUCGUGUAGCCGGGCUCGUAGGAUUUUCUUUGCUCCAGUUCGUCGUUUUUACGUUGGUGGGGUAUUUAAAGUGAAUUUACUGUAGGUAGACCGAGUAGAGUUGGUGAUCGCUGCCUUAAAUCCAGCUCACUAAUUUAAUAGCCAUGUAUAUGUAAACCUGUGAUGCAAAAACAAAAAUAAUAAUUUAUGCAUAUGUAGUUUAGAAAGUGUAUGAAAGUGUGCAGAGAACAUAGAAAGUGUUCAGUGUUUAAACGUUAGGCCCUCUGUCUGCCUUUGAUACGAGCGUAAGAACAGAUUCGAAGCAAGGAGAUGAAUUUGAUUACUGAUAUGUUUAUACGUGUAUGAAAGUGUAAAUCUUAUGUUAUUCAUGUUAUUAUUGAACUCAAUGCACACUCUUGGACCUGAGUAUUUCUACAGUAUCGUAGGACUUGUUGGAUGAUUUUAAGGGGCUGUAUUGCUAAUAAAAUCCAGCUGGUAGAUCAAA